AUGGAGUCGGAGACAAGCAUCACUGCAUCAGAUGCUCCAGGAAAAUCAGACCAAACUGAUACAAGACUAAGUGACAAGGAGAGUGGACCAACAGCAGGAGAGAGCAGCUCCAAAGGUCUGGAGCAUGAAGGUACCAGUGCAGAAGAACCUGGACAUGCAAUUCCAUCUCACAGGAAGACGGGUCUAAUAGAAUGCCUUUAUGAUCUCCGGAUAGUGCUGCUGGGGAAGACUGGAGUUGGGAAGAGCUCUACAGGAAACACCAUCUUGAGGGGGAAAGAGUUCAAGGCAGAGGCAUCUCCUCAAUCAGUUACUAGCACGUGUCAGAGAGAGGCAGCUGAAGUCAGUGGGAGGCAGAUUACAGUGAUUGACACUCCAGGCUUGUUUGAUACUGAGCUUGGUAAUGAGGAGAUCCAGAGAGAACUCACUAACUGCAUCUCACUGGUGCUACCAGGUCCACAUGUGUUCCUCUUGCUGAUACAAGUGGGACGGUUUACCCCAGAGGAGAGACAAGCAGUAGACAUCAUUCAAAGCACGUUUGGUGAAAACGCCAUCAAGUAUACAAUAGUGGUCUUCACUAGAGGAGAUGAUCUGGACAACAAGCCCAUUGAAGAGUUCCUGAGUAAGCCUGGAUCUUUUCUCAUGAACCUCAUUGAACAAUGUGGUAAGAGAUACCAUGUGCUCAACAACAAAGAGACUGGAGACCGUACUCAGGUUUCUGCUCUCUUGGAUAAGAUUGACUACAUGGUGGCUGCAAAUGGAGGAGGUUAUUACACUAGCAGGAUGUUCCAGCAGAUGGAGAAGGCUCUCCAAGAGAAAAGGGAGAGGGAGAUGAGAGAGAGAGAGGAGGAGUUGAUU